CAGCUCAGUUUCAUCUCACUCUCUCUUUCUCACGACAGGCCGCCGCCUCCUCCCUCUGCCAGCGGCCUGAUUGAAUGUAAAAGAUGGUCCGAGCCGGGAGAAGCGACCCGGCCCCGCGGCUCGUCCGGCGUCACCGAUGUUGUUACUUGUAAGAAGUUGGCGUCGGGCGGUGACAGAUUGUUUCCAGAGAUGUGUCCGCCGCGCGCCUGCUCACCUCCGUUACUUGGAAACUGUCAGAAAUGUCUGCGGAAAGUUUCUCUCUUCCGAUGGAGGAGGAGGAUUUGAGACGAAGCGGCUGCCACGGAGCUGUUUUCUCUUCUGCUUUCGUGAUCAUAGAGGAAGGCGGCCUCUUCAGUGCGUGACACAAUGUCCUGGGGGGAGUUCAUCGAGCUACGUGAACUGCGCACAAACAGGGAGCAGAUAGAGCUGUCCGGCACACGUAGACCCUGCUCACCUCCUCGCCUGGAAAGAACCAACGCCCUGAGGAUCAGCGCGGGGAAGGUCCCGGACCUGCUGAGCCGAGCGGGCAUCAUCAGGGUCCUGAGCAGCACCCAGGACCCCCAGCUCCCAGAGGAGAAGGGAGAAGGACACAACUUCCAGCCCUGCAGCCACGCUCAGCCCACGUGGUGUGACCUGUGCGGAGACUUCAUCUGGGGCCUUUACAAGCAGAGUCUGCGCUGUGUCAAUUGUAGAUUCACAUGCCACUACCGCUGUCGUGCCCUGAUCCAGUUGGACUGCAGCUGGGACGGAGGCUCACUGUCCGACCAGACAUGUGUGGUGGAGCACACCAUAGAAACAGACACAAACGUGGAUGAACAAAGUGAAUGUGGCAAACAGGACUUGACAACCGCAGUCAUUCAGCAGAAGGUGAAGGAGUACAAUGCUCAGAUCAACAGCAAUCUGUUCAUGAACGUGAACAAGGAUGGUUCCUACACUGGCUUCAUAAAAGUACAGUUCAAGUUGGCACGACCUGUGUCAGUUCCACCUCCUAAGAAAGGAGGCCAUGAUGCUGGAGGAGGGAGGAGGGCUACCGGAGUGAAGCGUCGCACCUCUUUCUACCUGCCAAAGGAUGCAUCCAAGCACCUGCACAUAAGCUCUCGCACUUCAUCUCGUGAGGUCAUUGAAGCUUUAUUGAAAAAGUUCACCGUGGUGGACAAUCCUGGCAAGUUCGCUCUGUUUGAGCGCACAGAGCGUCAUGAGCAGGUUUAUGUUCGCAAGCUGUCUGAUGUUGAGCAUCCACUCCGCCUGCGUCUGCGUGCUGGACCCAAUGAGAAAGUCCUCAGUUAUGUGCUCAAAGAAAACGAAACCGGAGAAGUCAAUUGGCAUGCCUUCUCCAUGCCUGAGUUAAAAAACUUCCUCCGCAUUCUGCAGCGUGAAGAAGAGGAACACGUCAAGCAAAUAGUGCAGCGAUAUGCUCUGGCCCGCAUCAAGAUGCAGGAGGCUCUGGCUGGCACCACCCCCGGCUGACAUGACUCUGCAUUCGGGAUUAAACGUGCACCUCUUGGCUGGACAAUCACCCGACGAUGACCAGUCAUCCCUGCAUCCAAAGAUCCCAGAGAAAACAACUCAAAACGCCUCUUAGGUGAACGAGAGAAUGAGACAGCGCGCAAGACAAUGAGAUAGAGCUGGCGCGGAUGUGCGUGUGAGAUGAUGCGAGAGAUGAGAAGUGCCUUACACCUGGAGAGUCUGAUGUGCCUGAGAGAAUGAGUGGAGAGAGACGAAGACUGGCAAAUGAGACGUUGGUCGUAUCCCUGUUUGGGCACCAACUAAUGUUCCUGUACCUCAGCUGUGUCACUUUAGCUUUAAAGAAAAUGUCAGUGGUGGUUUUGCCAUCAUAAAUUGUUAAAAAAUAAUCACUUUGUCAAUUAUACAUUAGUAGACAGUGUAGAAACUGUGUAAUAGUUGAGCAGUAAAUAAUUUUGAAAUAACAAUAUCCUGUCAUUUUUCCAUAAUACAAGAUUGAUAACAUGUCAAACAAACCAUUGUUGCUCCUUUUAAAAUACAUUCAAUCAGUCUUGAACAACCUCCCAUAAAAAAACAUACUUCUUAACCUCAUAUUGACAUUUUCCCAUCUGCUAUUCUUAAAUAAAGUUAAACACAUAUUUGCUGCUGAAAAGGUAUUUGGAUUUCAUUAGUCCCAGUCUCAAAAGUAUGCCAUGUCCUCUCCACGCCCUUAAUGGGUGCAACACUUUUUUUAUUUUCAUAGUUGUGUGUAUGACCUAUGUAUGGACAAAUGUAUGCCGCUGUAUGGACAAAUGUAUGCAGUUGUGAACGUCUGGGAGAGAAAUGUCAAAGUCACUCUUGUUGACUGGACAUGUGAAUGAACACUGAACACUCUGUCAUUCCUUAUAUCUUUGUUUUUUUUGUUGUUCCUUAAAUCUAAUGUUUGUCUUCUAUUUUUCCAACUCACUUUUCUUUGUAUUCACCUAUGCACAAAUGUACAUGUUGUAGCAAGCGUGAAAAUGUGUGACAAAAUGUGCACUGCGUUCAGUAAAGAGUUGCCCAGA